AUGGAGACGGGCACUGAGCACACAGCAGAAGACCGACAGCAGAAGACCGACGUGCGGACCAGAGUAGAGUCCGUAGACCAGAGAAUAGAGGUGAAACGGAUGCUUCGUUUCAGGCUCUUCCUCUUAGUCAAGGCCGUAGGGGAAGUGCCGGGGGUUGCAUCCGGACGGUCCAGGGUGGCCCAUCGUAUCGAGCAGAAGAACGGGGUCAGGAUGGCCGUAUCCUCCGUAAGAAAUGGGGAUCUUUUGUUGGUCGAGGUGCGGUUCUUGCGAUGCGCGCGAUGGAUGGGCCGCGGGCCGCACGCUAAACCACGCCGUCGUUCCUUAAUUUUGGCCGGCCUGCAGAGGAAACAUCGAGGUCGAAGGGAGCGAGAAACCCAUGCGAGGCCGUGGGGAGAGGGCCACGUUUUGCUGGGCGGGACCGGGAUGUCUGUAGCAGAAGAUGGAGGUGGACGAGAUGGCGAUGGCGAUGGCGUAGAAGUUGAAGAUGGAGCAGAAAGUCGAGAUGGAGUAGAAGUCGAGAUGGAACAUCCCACGUCGAGCUAUAACCUCCCCCUGUAUAUACAGAACUCGCCCUCCGUCUUUGCUUCUUCCUCGCUUCUCCCUCCUCUCGCUCUGUCUGCGUCUCCUCUUCGAUGCAGUAGUCGCAUUUACGAUAAUUAUCCGUGGCAUAUCCCCGACGCCGCCGGUACAGAUUACUUACUUAUACGGCCGGACCAGCCAGGUCAACCCUUGAACGGGACCAAACCUUUCCUCCGCUUGCUAAAGUCCUCGAAUCCCUGGCUCCUUCACAGCCAUCCGUCACGUCCCAUCGCAUCGCAUUUCGCAUCCGGAGGCCUGCAGAGCAGCAACGGCGAGACGCAGCCUUCCCGCGAACCCCGAACCCGCGAUAUACAUAUACAUACUCGGUACCCAGCGUCGCUCGAAGACGAGGCUCAGGAUACACUGGCUGUUCGGCAUCCUCCUGCGCUUGUCUCGUAUCCCUCUCUCGUCGUAUCUGCAUCUCGACCAAGGCCGGUCUGUGUUUUCACGCCUGGUUACGACCACCACAACCACGGCCCCAACAACCGAAAUCUUACCUGCCUCUACUCAAAGCGACUGCUCUCUCACUGCCGGCUGCCUACGCUGGAUGCUAUCUUCUCGUCCUGCGUCGGAUCUUGGUUAGACCCGUCUAGUUCGGAAGAGACUCGUCUUCGCGGUGCUAACUGUUACGGUAAGAUCAACGAUACAAUGGGUUGCAUGAACUCGAAAGAUGUCAGUCCGGAGAUGAAGGAGCAGGGGAAGCAGAGCGCCGCUAUAGACAAGGCCAUCCGGGCAGACAAGAAGAAAUACGACCGGACGGUCAAGAUACUGCUUCUCGGUGCCGGUGAAUCUGGGAAAUCUACAAUCAUAAAACAGAUGCGCAUCAUCCACUCCGGCGGGUUUCCCAUAGACGAACGCCGGCAGACCCGGGCGCCACUCGCCCAUUUCGUCCAAAACAGCGAAGCAGACGUCGAGUGCGAUGAAGCGUUCACGGAUAUCAAAGUGCGUGAGGCCGUAAAGACGAUGUGGGAGGACGCUGGUGUCCAAAAGGCAGUCGCCAGAGGCCAUGAAUUUGCUCUACACGAUAACCUCCACUACUACUUCCAUUCCCUAGACCGUAUAUUCACACCUGGCUGGCUUCCCAACAACCAGGACAUGCUACACUCCCGACUACGAACGACCGGUAUCACAGAGACGCUCUUCGAGCUAGGGCAGAUAAAUUUCCGUAUGAUGGACGUUGGUGGUCAAAGAUCGGAGCGAAAGAAGUGGAUACAUUGCUUCGAAGGUGUGCAGUGCCUGCUAUUCAUGGUUGCACUCUCGGGCUACGACCAGUGUCUUGUUGAAGACCAGACAGCGAACCAAAUGCACGAAGCAAUGAUGCUUUUCGAAUCACUCGUAAACGGCGAAUGGUUCAAACGCAAACCCGUCAUCCUCUUCCUAAACAAAAUCGAUCUCUUUAAGGAAAAGCUCGCCAUCUCACCCGUCUCCAGGCACUUCCCCGACUACAGCGGACGAGACGGCGACUUUGAUGCUUCGGCCAAAUACUUCGGCGAUCGAUUCAGAGGUAUCACACGCGUCCCGGAACGCGAGAUAUAUACGCACUAUACCAACGCAACCGAUACCACGUUGCUAAAGGCAACUAUGGAUUCCGUGCAGGACAUGAUCAUUCAAAAGAACUUGAAUAAUUUGAUCUUAUGA